AUGGGAUCUAUCGGUAACCCAAACUUUUAUUGCUUUGAAAAAUUUUCCAAGCGUGGUCGAAAUGCCGUCGAGCUGGGAUAUAAACGAAAGACAUGGCAGAUCAUCAGUGACAUGUGGCACCCCAGUACCAACCCCUCUGGCAUUUUGUCGGUAGGCAUGGCUGAGAAUACUCUUCUUCACGACACCCUCGUGAAAUAUAUCAAUACAAAUGUUCAGAUCACGCCUAAGCAUCUCACCUACAACAAUGGAAGUAUGGGAUCGAAUGGGCUGAGAAAGGCAGUCUCGCAGUUCUUGAACCGGCAUUUUUCACCCUUUCGUCCUGUCGAGCCUGCUCAUAUCAUCAUGACAAAUGGCUGUUCUUCUGCAAUCGAACACCUGAGCUUUUCGAUCCUCAACCCAGGCGAGGGUGUUCUGCUCAGCAAGCCAUACUACAGCACCUUCAUCGCAGACAUAUCUCUUCGACCUGAGUCUGUGGUGGUACCUGUUGAGAUGGGAUCUGUGGACCCUCUCAGCCCCGAGGCUGUGGAAGAGUAUAAAAAGGCAGCUGUGGAGUUUGAGACACGCACCGGGAAAAAAAUAAGAGCUGUCAUGCUCUGCAAUCCGCACAACCCCCUGGGACGCUGUUAUCCUCGCGCCACAAUCGAUCGGUUGAUGCAGUUCUGCCAGUCUCGGCAAAUCCACUUGAUCAGCGACGAGAUCUACGCUCUCUCCGUAUGGGAGAACCGUGUGGACAAAGAAACCAAAUUCACUCCAUUUGAGUCUAUGCUUUCACGGGAUACAACCGGCCUCAUCGACCCAAGCCUCGUUCAUGUCCUUUGGGGCAUGAGCAAGGAUUUUGGGGCGAAUGGUCUCCGGGUCGGAGCCAUUAUCUCGCAAUCCAACCCAGAGCUCCACAUGUCUCACAGAUGCCUGUCGCUCUACUCCUUCGUUUCUGCCGUGUCUGAUCAGAUCACAUCAUCAAUACUCCAAAACAAUACCUUCACAGAUAAUUACAUCGAGACAAAUCGGAAGCUUAUUUCUCAAUCCCAUGAAUUCCUGACCGGGAUUUUGGACAAGAAUGGCAUUGAAUACUCUCACGGUUGCAAUGCCGGGUUCUUCGUGUGGAUCAAUCUCGGCAAGAGGUACCUGGAGAAGCAUCCCGAGGAGCGAAAUCAAUCGAUUGAGCUCACGGAUUAUCUCUUUGAGAAGCUACUUGUGGAGAAGGUGUACGUGGCUCAUGGAAUCGCGUAUGGGUCCUCUCAACCUGGAUGGUUCCGUGUGGUGUUUUCUCAUCCACUUCCUUGGCUGGAAGAGGCCAUGAGACGAAUCCUUCGUGCCAUCGACUAG